CACACAAAUACAGCUAUAAAUAAUAAAUAAAUAAAUAAACAUUUUUAAAAACUGGAUCAUGACAUGUCUUUUAAACGCCGUCGUGUCUCUUAUUUUGACAGGUUGUGUGAAAACCGUAUCCGCCUUAGCAGCAGCUAGCAGCAGAGACAUCAUCAUGGCAACCGAGUACGAUGUUCAGUCUGAGAUCGAGGUUCUGCAGUCCAUCUAUCUGGACGAGCUGAAGGUGGACAGAAGGGACGAGGGGAGCUGGGAGGUGAGUCUGGUUCUGUACCCAUCCACGGCGGAGGACUCUGUGUCUCAGUUUGUCCGACUCACUCUGACUUUGACCCUCAAUCAGCAGUACCCCUCAUCAUCUCCUGUCAUCUCCAUCCGUAACCCCCGUGGGCUUUCUGACGAUAUACUCAGCAGCGUCCAAAAAUGUCUUCAGCUGGAGGCUGAGUCGUGGCUCGGUUCACCAGUCUUAUACCAGCUCAUCGAGAAAGCAAAAGAGAUCCUGACUGAAAGCAACAUUCCUCAUGGAAACUGCGUCAUCUGCCUGUAUGAUUUUAAGGAGGGCGAGGCGUUCACCAAGACGAGCUGCUAUCACUACUUCCACUCUCACUGUCUCGGCCGCUACGCCAGUCACUCUGAGAGGGAGCUCCGCCAGAGGAGGAGGGAGCUGGAGGAGGACAAGACCAGGGACAAAACCGACCAUCAGGAGCUGACUGUGCUGUGCCCGGUGUGCCGAGAGCCUCUCAUGUAUGACAUCGAUCAGCUGUUGUCAUCUCCUGCACCACAGCUGCCUGAGCUCGACGAGGCAGCGGUCGGGUCAGACUUUCAGCAGAAGUGGCGUGAGCUCCAGAAGCUGUUGGAGAAACAAAGAUCUAAAGGUGGGAUCAUCGACCCUGAGGUGGAGUCAAAUCGCUUUUUGAUUCAUAUCCACGAGACUCCACCUGUGGCUGAAAAUGAAAACCUGGAGGUUGAUGUUUCUCCUGGCCUCCCAGGGCCCCCCUCCUCUAACGAGGCUGGUGUCCAGGUGGAGCAAGUUGUUCCUGGACUGCCUCAGUGUGGAGACACUCCGGGUCAGAGGCGUCAGGGUCAGAACCACGUGAGGGGGCCAAGAAGAGGGGGUAGGUCCGGACCUCAUCAGAGGAGAGGCGCCCCCAUCAGAGUGCAGCUAGAGAAGCUUUGCCUGUCCUCGGACUGCACUGAAGAACCAAUCAAAACUGACGCUCGGGGAGAUCAAAGCCGACAGGUGCAACUAAACCCGGAGUCACAUCAGAGCAGGAGCAGGAUGAGCAGAGAAAUCUCUGCAGAGCAACCGGAGAGGCAGGUCUCUCCGAACCACCGAGCCAAACAUCCGUCAGCUCUGGAAGUCGAAUGCCCAAAAGAUGGAGGAAACUCUGCAGGCGGUCGUGGACAUCGUGGAAGGAGGAGGGGUCCUCACAGACCUGGCCCACAUUUCAGGACUCCUGGACCUCCACAUCACUACUUGGAUGGUCGAGCCCCCAGAGGUCACGGAGGAGCCAAUAAUCUGUGGGGAGGUGAAGGUGGUGGAGGCAGACCCAGCCGGGGUCACCACAGCAGGGGGUUUCAUCAGCAGGUGGUGGAGCAGGGAAGAGAGGAGGUGGUAUGACAAAGGGCAACAGGAGGGUCAGAGAACACGUAUUUGUGCACCUCCGUUAUCAGUCUGCUUAGAUUUAAGCCCUGCAACAGAAAAGACUUCCACCCUGGUCUCUCACCCUCCCGUUUGUCUCCAUCAUCCUGGUGUCUGGUUUGCACUUUAAUGCUCUCGAACGUCACAUACAGAUGGUCGCUGCUUUGUGUUGUGAUGUUAUCUGACUUAAAGAACUAUGAAUUAAAUUUAUCUGGAUGUCA